CGCUUUGGUUCUUUGAGCGCAGAAAAUUGUGAUGUAAAAAGAGAAGAAUAAAUGUUUGUUGACCAUCAUGGCGAAUCCUAGAAAAUUUAGUGAAAAAAUCGCCCUUCACAAUCAAAAGCAAGCUGAGGAAACGGCUGCUUUUGAAAAAAUAAUGCGUGAAGUUUCCGACGCAACCAAUAAGCCAGAGGAAACGACACUAGUGACGCAGUAUGGCCUCGGUGGUAGGAGUGGUGGGACGUCACCGUCGCCACGGUCGCCUGGACAGAGGGGGCGGGCUUCAUCAUCAGUUGGUCCCAUGCGACGACCCGCGGAUCGCAAGCAUGACACCAGCCCAUACGGAAGCACGGUCUAUCUCAGUCCACCACCGGAUAGCAAUUGGCGACGGACGAACUCUGACUCAGCGUUACACCAGUCCUGCGGUGAGCAGCAGGUGACAACGCAGCCCCUAUCACCGCACCACCCACUGCAUUCCCACGGACACCCACACUUACACCCUCACCAGAAUCAUCGACGAGCUAGCAACAUUCCUCUCGACGUGCUAGCAACGCUCGGAAUGAAUCCGACCAACCGUCCGCGGUCGUCGUGUGAAAUACCACGAAUACCUAACAAUAACAACGUGUACGAGAGCGGCGGCGGGGGCGGGGCCGGCCAGGGCGGUUCGGGCGGCCUGCAGUGCGAGCUACAGGUGCCGGGCGGCUCGCUGCCCGACCUCACCUCCGUGCACUUCCCGCCGCCGCACUACCUGCCGCACCGGACCUCGCCCGAGUACCAGCCCCGAUAUAGCCCGACGGGCAGCGUGUCGCCGGCGACGGGCGGCCUGUCGCCCGCGUCCGGCUCGCCCGUCGGCGCCACCGUGCCGCUCGCCGCCGUGCACGACCAGCCGCUCUACGACGCGCAGAAUCACUUAUCUGUACCAAACACAAAUAAUUAUCUUCAUCAUAAUAAGAACAUGUCAUCUCUAGACCAUAGUUGGAUAACGUCGAGCUACCAGUCCCACUGCAGUCCGCCCUCACAAUAUUCAUCGACGUCAAAUAUAAAUGUACCUUCACCCACAAUGGUGCACAGUCCAGGCAGUCCCGUGGAGUCACCGCAGACAGACUACAACAACCUUCACCAAGUAUUAUUACAACCGUUCGAGCAAAUAACAAUGCUGGACCCGCCCACGUCGAGCUACAACACGACGUACAUAAACCACAGCUCGCCGCAUUCGUCACAAACAACGAAUUCGUCACAUACAUAUUCACAGUCGUCGCGCGGCGCCCACAGCGCGCUGAGCGGGCACGGCGCGCGCGACCCGGUGGCGGGCGGCGGCGCGUACGCGGCGCUGCAGCCGCUCGCGUCGCCCUCGCAGCCGCCCACGCCCGCCACGCCCAGCUCCAUCCCCGACAUCAUACUCACAGAUUACUCGGGCGAGCUAGACCCCGGCAUAUUCGGCGGGGAGGAGGCGCAGCUGCGUGCCGGCCUGGACCUGGACGACCUGACGCUGCUGGAGGAGCCCAGCGCGCUGCUGCCGGACUCGUCCGUGGAGCACGAGUUCCGCCUGGACCGGCUCGACGGCUUGUAGUACCGUGUCGGCGCCCCGCUACCUAUUGGCAAUGAUUAGAUUCCCUGGCGACGCUCGUAGGACCCACCUAUGACAGACCGAUAUACGAAUAUACAAUUUUCCUCAUAAAUUUCAAUAUGUUCACGUAAUGUUCAACCAUAUUUUCUAAUAAUAAUUAAUAUAAAAUUAAAACAUAGAAAACACCGAUUAGUCCAUCAAUGUAACUUUUGUAUAACUAGUAUUCAUCACAACUCCACAGAUAUAAUUAAAUAACUAUUAAUACAGCGCCGAAUGUGUCUGUCACGCGUGGGUUCCGCGAGCGGUCCUCAGAGGAGUUACUCUCUACCAAUACUUCAUGACAAUUUCUAUCGUUUCAAGUCUGAGUUAGUGAAUAUUACGCGACGUCGAACAUUCCCGCUGCGACCUGUGACUCGUGUGGUCUAGUGACUUGUGGUGUUAAAUGGUUUUACUCAUGUUUUUUUUUUAAUUCGGACGUUAGGUAUGACGUAGAUUUAGAUUUUCUAAAUGGCGAUCGAUAAUUUUAUCGACGAUUCGUGUACAGAUUUAAUUAACCAUUUGUUUUAUAUUAAGUAUUGUGAAUAUGUACUCGAAUAUCAUUAGAGGAUUUAUUUCGGAAUUCGAUUCAGACGUUACGCGAUCGUUCGACGCGGGACCGCAACGGUCUGUGUGUAAAUAAAACUUAAAAGUGUUCAAUUCAUAGUGUUGCAUUUAAAACGAUAAUGUUUCAUGCUGUAUUAAAGCGAUUGAAUUGUUUAAACAAUCGUUGAAGCGAUUUUUUUUUAAUUCGAAAAUCAACAAUUUAUAUUAUCUCUUGACAUUUUUUUAUAGUAUCGUCUUUCAGCGAUUGCUCAAGCGUUGACUGAAACUUAAUCCGAAUAAUUCUUACUAGGUAAUUACGAUUUACCACAAUUUUAAUGAUAAUGAUUUAUUAAGGCACAGGCUUAUUGAUGUCAUUAAGCAUGUAACGUGCUCAUUUUACCGUUUUGUAUGUACUUGGAUGAAAUGUCGUUUAAGUUAUGUAAAUAAGAAUUGUUAAUAAAAAAUUUUUAAAUAAGCUUUUGUCGCAAACAUAUCUGUGUAUGUACGCACCCGUGGUUGCGAGAAUAUGGAUUCGUGUGAAGGUCAAUUUUUCAAUGUCUAGUUGAGGGAAUCCUGUAUCGUUGUUUGACCAUGUAUACAAUAUUUUUUUUUUUUUAAGACAGGUACAUACUGAUUUGACACGACGCUUCAUGUAUUAUUAUAAUGAAGUAUAGAAAAUGUACCGUUCGUAAAUCGGACUCGAUUAUUUGCAAUGUGUAUAUAAUAAUGUAGUCUUUUGUUUUUUUUUUUUUGAAUGUUUAUUAUAUUGAUUAGAUUUAUUCAAUAGUCGAUGCAGUUUAAAUUAUUGAGCGUCGUGUGAGCUCAGUCCGUCCCUCUCUAUUCUCUAUGGAUAUUGACGAAUAUAUGCAUUUUCAAGGUAGUAGGACUACAUCUGAAGUUAAACUUUAUAGUUGAUAAGUUUCGAAAUCCUUAGUUUUUUUUUUUUUUUAAUUCGCCGCGCUCGCUACGACCACGAUUUUCUUAACGGAGAUCUAUAAUUUUGUAAAAAAAAAAUGUACAAAUUAUAAUUUACAACAAACAGCGAGCGCGGUGAAGAUCGUGUAGUUACGUGUUUUUUUUUUUUUUUUGUUAAUGCUCAUUUUAUUAUGUUUUAAGAGUCUAGUCAUCAAGUUAUAUGAGUAUCAAUUGAAAUAGAACCUGUUCUUCGAUGUGUUGUUCAUAUUUAUCAGAUUUUAUUGAGCUCGAUUACGGUUAUUAUAUAAUUGUUUACUUUUAAAUAUUUGCGCGACGUACGUACGAUGUACUGGUAACAAUAUUUUAUGUGAAAUAUAUUAUAAUAAUACCCUCCUUAAUAAAGUUCCAUCAUGGUGGUUAAUCACAGAGACGCACGAGACAGCGCACAAACGCAUGCGCAUAUAGAAGUUUAUGAUAUAUGUAGGUGGAUGGACCACCUGAUGCUAAAUGGUCACCACCGUCUAUAGACAUUGGCGCCGUAAGAAAAAUUGACCAUUUCUUACACAGCCAAUACCUUAGAAUCUAAAGAUUUUAUGUUCCUUAUGCCUGAAGUUUCUCUGGCUCACUUAACCUUCCAACCGGAACACAACAACAAAAAUACUGCUUUUUGGCGGUAGAAUAUGUGAGGAGUGCGUGGUACCUACCCAGAAGGGCUUAAAAAACCUACUACCAAGUAAAACCCAGUUUGAACCCAAAACAUCUAGAUCUACAGUGAUAUAAACUUGCCACUAAACCAAUGAAGCAGCAUAAUAAAAUAAUGAGUAAUGCGAUAUUGUCGAGUGGAUAGAACAGGUGUUGUCAUGAGCAUUAAAAUAAUUAAUUUUAGUUCAACUUGAACCGAACAGUUGUGUGCCUUCGUUCAUGAAAAUAUGUAUAAAAAAAAACAACUUGGCGUUGUGAAAUAAAUUCCGAAUCACUCUUAAUCGGAGAGAGAUUAAUUGAAAGUUAGUCAGCAGUGUUACAACACAAUUAUUGUCUGUUCAUUUACAUUUAUAUAACAAUGAAUGUCAUUAAUUUCAAAUCUUAAUCACACUAAUAUUGUAAUCAGUACGAAUGGAGAAACGAAUUAAUUAUACUUAGUAGUUUUACACGAAACAAAAACUCCAUAAAACCUUAAAACAUUGUCGCGUGGUUUGUGCUAAAUAUAUAAAAGUAAACGUAAUACAGAAAAAAUAUAUUAUUAAACGUUUUGUUUAGAAUACGUUAUCUUCGCAUUUUGUUCAAUAUAUUACAUCGGUUCUUAUAAUCUAAAUACAUAAAUGUAUAUAAUAUAUACAUAUAUAUAUUAUAAUAUAAUAUAACCUUGUUGCGCACACAAUUAAAACAAUCGUGUACACUGAAUUGAAUAGAACAGUGUAUCAGUGUAUCGUAUGACUAAAUUUUUAUUUUUCUGAUGAUGUUUUACUCUGUACACGAGUAUUAUUGUUACUUAUUCGCCUACGAUGUUGGUAUAUUUUAAAUAAUAUCUUUUAUUCCACCUAGAAUGUACUGUAUGACAGAUGUAGAUUGUAUAAAUGUACGAUAAAUGUGAUAAAAGUUAAUAAGCACAAGAUAAAUCAUAAAGAAGCCUAAUCAUAUGUAAGUUUUUAUUUAACAUAUUUCAAACCUGCGUAUACCAAGGUUGUUGCUCGAUUGUAAUACCUUGAUAAUAAGUUCGCGGUGACUAAGAACUUCAUGUCAACAACCUUUUUAGAGCUUUAAUGAGAUGUCGUACUUCGAUAGCGAACUUUUAAUCGAAUUAAACUUGUUUGUAAGCAAUUUUGAAAAUUUCGAUGGGAAUUGACCGAAUAAGAAUCGAAAUUAUUCGACCGUUCAAUCUUAAUCCUCUGUCUAAAGUAACACUGCUAGGAUGAUAUGCUGAUUUCAAAAAAAUAUAUUAAUUAACUAUACUAUCUUUUACUUAAUUACUUUUGACGUCGAUUCGAUUAUGACAAAUUGUCCAGUCAGAAAUUUUAUUAUAAUAAUAAUAUGUUUUAUAUAA